AUGGCGAAACCACCAGUAUUAAACGUGAAAUUGGUCGGAAAUAUGUUCGGCCAUUCUAAAGGACGACUCUCUUUUGAUGGCGGUUUUUUGAAUUUGGAGCAUGAGAACGGACAGAAAGUCAGUGCGCUGCAUUGGCAUCCUUUGCCAAGCAAAAAAUCAAUAGAAUUCAUCCAUAAAGCAAAUUAUUAUGGCAGUCACAUCCUUUUCGUCGCAUACGAUAAUUCGCUCCAAGUCAUCGUGGACUGUCUUCUCCCGAAAGAGGCCAGCAAGAAUCUGAAACAUAAGUCAUUUAUAUUUGAACCUCUUGAUCGUGCGGAUCAUGAUGGCGCGAAAUCGUGGGCUGAGGCUAUUAAUGCUGUAAUUUAUAAAGGUAUCAAAAGAGAGAAACGUUUAAAAGUUAUCAUUAAUCCAGCCAGUGGCACUGGAAAAGCUAGCAAAAUUUACGAAGAUCAAGUUCGACCGAUAUUUGAGAGAGCUCGAUGUACUAUAGAUGCCAUAUAUACAGAAAAAAGAUACCACGCGCGGGAUGUAGCAAAAAACUUAAAUUUGAGCGCGUACGAUGCCAUAGUUAUGAUUAGUGGAGACGGUAUAAUUCACGAGGUAAUAAAUGGACUUUUAACAAGGGAUGAUGCAAAAGAUAUAGACAUCCCAUUGGGUAUUAUUCCAGGAGGAUCUGGGAACGCGAUGAGCAUUAGUCUAUUGGGAGAAACGAAGGGACUGAGUCCUUCACAUGCUGCACUUAACGUAAUUAAAG